AUGGUCCGCACCUGCCUCAUCACAGGUGCCUAUUGUGAGCUCUCACGCCUUUAUGAGCGCCGUAGAAUGCGGCUGUUUUCGGCUAUCCCGCUGCGCAAAUCUCGAAUCCAGUCAUCUGUUAGGAUCGACACGAUGAUCUUAGGCAAUCAUAUUCUGAGCUUGAGCCAAUCUUGCAUGGGGAAGUUCACCGAUGAACGCAAGCGGGAGCUGUGGGGGCAGUUUCUCAAUGUGAAUGACAAGGUCUUCAAACAUCGAAAGAAGCUUGGUCUCAAGUUCGAUGGGUCAAUUAGCACCGACGGGUAUUCCGUUACCAUCCACUUCAAGAAGCCAGGGCUCAAGUUCGCGUAUCGGGCCCGGAAGCGCAGCAAGGCCCAAAUGCAGGAAGAAGUCAAGCAGCAGUAUUUUGAGCACCACAUUGACGAAUUAAGGGAGGCUCCAAACAUCGUCUGCAUUGAUCCGGGCAAGCGUGACCUCCUGUUCUGUCGAGACAUGGAGAAGGAGCGCCCAUUUCGAUACACAUCCAAUCAACGGGCGGUAGAGACAAAGUCUCGGUUCUUUCAAAGAGACAUGACAGAGCGAAAGAUCAAUGCCGGCGUCGCUGAGAUGGAAUCACAUAUUCCGUCGCACAAGAGCAUGAAGAUGGAGGCGUUCUCAGCGCUCAUUGUGGAUCACAUACAUGCAGAUCCCGCCCUGGAUGAGUUUUACCAGGAUGAGAUUCAAGUCGCUCGCAGGUUCAAGGCGUUCUCACUGCGGCAAAAGUCUGAGAGCAAGCUCAUUAAGAACAUGCGACGCCAGUAUGGAAAGAAUUUUUUGGUCAUCUUGGGUGAUUGGAGCGAUGCUGGGAAAACGAUGCGCUUUCAGGAGUCAUCGAAGAUCAAGGGAUUUUGCACACUCUUUGCGAGAAACAGCAUUCCAUCCUACUUGCUGGAUGAGUAUUGA